AUGGAAGAAAACAGUCAGAAUAUGAUUAUUCUAAUUACUCUAAUUCUAAUCAAGAACUCCUCCAUUAACUUUGACAUACGCCAACAGCUGUGCAAAUCAGAAGCCCUCCCACCCAGGCUUUAUGGACUCCCCAAAAUCCACAAGGACUCCAUCCCACUCAGACCCAUUGUAAGUGCCAUUGGAUCGCCGACUUACAACCUGGCAAAAUUUCUGGCUACACAGCUACAAACCCACAUUGGGCUCACUGCACAUUAUAUCAAGGACUCUACACACUUUAUAGAAAAGAUCAGCAACCUCAAUCUAAGCACCAAGGACAUCCUGAUCAGCUUUGAUGUGGUGUCCCUUUUUACCAAAGUCCCAGUAGCUGACACCCUCACACUAAUCAAACAAAACUUCCCAGAAGACAUCACAGCCCUGUUUCACCAUUGCCUCACCACUAGCUACUUUCAGUGGGACACUGGAUUCUAUGAACAGAAGGAUGGAGUGGCCAUGGGGAGCCCUCUCAGCCCAGUAGUAGCAAAUUUCUAUAUGGAAUACUUUGAAAAACAGGCCCUAGAAACAGCACCAAAAAAGCCAACUGUUUGGUUCAGAUAUGUAGAUGACACCUUCACAAUUUGGAGCCAUGGAGAGGAAGAACUCAGCAAGUUCCUGGACCAUCUUAACAGCAUCCACCCAAACAUCCAAUUCACCAUGGAAAAAGAAAAGGAAGGAAAACUGCCAUUUCUAGAUGUUCUGGUCAUCCGCAAACCCAAUCAACAAUUGGGCCACACAGUUUACAGAAAACCUACACACACAGAUAGAUACCUUCAUAAAAACUCCAACCAUCACCCAAGUCAAAAAAGGAGCACAAUCAAAGCCCUGACAGACCGUGCACAAAGAAUCUGCGAACCUCACCUCCUCCAAGGUGAACUCAACCACCUAAACUGGGCUCUACAGGCCAAUGGAUACUCCACCACAGACAUCAGAAAAGCUGCAAAGCCAAGAACAAGCCACGAGAGUCAAGACAAAGAUCCACCCAGAGGAAAGGUGUUCUUAUCAUACAUCAAGGGAACUACUGACCGCAUAGGCAAAUUGAUGAAAAAGCACAACCUACAAACUAUCUACAGACCCACAAAGAAAAUCCAACAAAUGCUACGGUCAGCGAAGGACAAGAGGGAUCCUCUCUCCUCUGCAGGAGUCUACCGGAUACCAUGCAGCUGUGGACAAGUAUACAUAGGGACCACCAAACGCAGCGCCCAAACAAGAGUCAAAGAACAUGAAAGGCACUGCAGACUAAUUCAACCAGAGAAAUCAGCCAUAGCAGAGCAUUUGAUGAACCAGCCUGGACACAGAAUACUAUUUGAGAACACAAAAAUGCUGGACCAUUCUAACAACUAUCAUGUCAGACUACACAGAGAAGCCAUUGAAAUCCACAAGCAUGUGGACAACUUCAACAGAAAGGAAGAAACCAUGAAAAUGAACAAAAUCUGGCUACCAGUAUUACAAAACUCCAAAAUCAAAACAGUAGAUGGGAACCAACACAAUAAGGACUUGACUGAACAAAGGAUGCCCCCAGGCAAGGGACAAAACAUUUCCAAUGCCAAUUAGGGUGAUUAACUGAAACAUUAAUGCUGGCUCCCAGUGACAAAGAACUCUUGCCACACCUUGGACUAUACACAGAUAUAUAUUCUUUCCUUUCCUUACUUAAUUUAUCCAUACCUCACAACCUCUGAGGAUGCCUGCCAUAGAUGUGGGCGAAACGUCAGGAGAGAAUACUUCUGGAACAUGGCCACACAGCCCGAAAGACAUACAACAACCCCAUUAUUAUUAUUAUUAUUAUCAACACAACGACGUUGUAUGGCACAGCAAACAAGAUAGAUAUGCUGGAUUUCGUUUCGCAAAACCACAAGUCGAACACUUCCCAAGUGUCUAGGACUGUGUGAUGUAUUUUCUGAUGAUGUGUGCAGAUCCCAGUAGGGUGGCCUUUUGCAGUUGGCAGAUGGUGAUUUUGUCAAUGUCUAUUGUUUCCAAAUGCCGGCUGAGAUCUUUUGGCACAGCACCCAGUGUGCCCAUCACCACCGGGACCACCUGUACUGGUUUCUGCCAGAGUCUUUGAAGUUCAAUCUUGAGGUCCUGAUAGCGGCUGAGUUUUUCCUGUUGUUUUUCAUCUAUGCGACUGUCACCUGGGAUGGCAACAUCAAUGAUCCAAACCUUGUUCUUUUCCACAACUGUGAUGUCUGGUGUGUUGUGUUCCAGAACUUUGUCAGUCUGGAUUCGGAAGUCCCACAGUAUCUUUACGUGUUCAUUUUCCAUGACCUUUGCAGGUUUGUGAUCCCACCAGUUCUUUU